UACAGUAUUUGGGUUUCAACUCAAGCUAGACACUCAUGAAUUGUCAAAUUGUCAUCGGUUCAUUAUGAAUUUACGUUAAGGAUUUCCUAAGAAAUAAUCUCGUUUUACAGAUCAGUCUCGUAAUCAGAAAAUACGGCGGCGGGGAUGCGGCAACAGAAUGGGAAACAUUUUCGGCAGAAAGAAACGGACUCGAGUCACAGAGCAGGACAAAGCUGUUUUGCAACUGAAACAGCAGCGAGAUAAACUGAAACAGUACCAGAAACGGAUCACCACGCAGCUGGAGAAGGAACGGCUUCUCGCUAAGCAGCUACUGAAGGAUGGCAAAAAAGAGAAAGCCCUCCUGUUGCUCAAAAAGAAGCGUUAUCAGGAUCAACUCCUGGAAAAGACGGAAAAUCAGAUCAGCAACCUGGAGCGAAUGGUCCAGGACAUCGAGUUUGCUCAGAUUGAAUCAAAGGUCUUUGAGGGACUGAAGGUUGGCAAUGACUGCCUGAAGAAGAUGCAUGAGGCGCUGUCCAUAGAGGAGGUGGAGAGGAUUAUGGAUGAGACUCAAGAUGCCAUAGAAUAUCAGAGGCAAAUAGAUGAGAUGCUAGCAGGCUCUCUGACCCAGGAGGAUGAGGAUGCUGUGUUGGCAGAACUUGAGGCUAUCACUCAGGGAGAGGUGGAGCUUCCAGAGGUACCCAGUGAGCCUUUGCCAGAGGUUGAAGAGCAAGAACCAGAGCCAGAGAAAGAGAAGAAAAAGAACAGACCGGAACGAGAGAUGUUGGCCAUCUAGUCCUGUAUCUUUCACUAGGCGUCUAUGUGGUUCUGUCUCCCAGCCCUCCCCUCCAUCACCAACCAUUGUCUCACAGAAAGGGCUUGUUCUUAACCUCUCCACGCCCACAGCGAGCUCUUCCUCUCUGGAGCAGUUUAAACAUCCUCUCCCUUUGUCCUGGAGGUACCUGUUUCCAUCCGCCAACUUUACCACCAGUUCUGUGUUUCCCUCCGAUCUUUGCUGUGCUGUGAUGUUUAAUGAAGGAGAUAUGGUGUGUCCUCAGAACGGUUGUGUUUCUGAAGCCUGCGCCUUUCACUAAUAUUCUUUGUCAGUGAUAUUGUAGAGAUCCAUGCUCUUAUACAAACCUGUAAUCAACCGGUCUCUCCUGGCCACAGUGUCUUUCCCACAUCUGUAAGUUUCUCUGGGCUUCUCUUCUUUUUUUUUCCUCAACAAUACAUUUUUUUUUCUUUUUUUUGGAUUAAUUUCACAGUGAGGGAAUGCACACAGGGGAAACUGGAGUAAUGAAAGCAUGCCAGUAUUAAACUGGACCUUAAGAAUCUUUUGUUUUGUUUUUUAAAUUUUGCAUAUCAUGUCUGGGAACUCAGUAUGAAGAGAGGUGGGGAAGGGUUUUGACCUGACAGAAAACAGUGAAAAAAACGCUCCCGCACACAGAUGAAUGAAGGACUUCAAAAUGAAGUCCUAUCAGAACACACGACUGUGGUCACCUUAAAAACUCAAAACGUGUAACAGGUCUCCCUGUAUUUAGAGUCAGGAGAGGUUUUCUGUAAAAGAAUUGUCUUUCCUCAUUUUUAACAACUCCACAUAACUGUAAACAGAUGAGCUUAUCAUCACAUUCUGAGGCUGUUCUCUUCAGUUUUGUUAUUCUGCAAAAGUAAAGUCAUUUUUAAUCAUUUUGACUGUCCGGUGUCGUUUGUAUUGGAAAUGGACAAUGACUCUAAGCGCUAGAUGGCAGCAUGAUGUAUGUUUUCCUUACAGAAACUGCUUUAACAUUUUCCCAUAAUGGAAGCUUAAAUUUCCGUGUUCUGGAUAAAGGCAUCUAUGAAUAUGAAAUACUGGUUUGUUU